GGCGGGGCCAGCGGGCUCGUCUCCCCGAAGGGGCGGUGUUCGCCCGCCGCCCAGGCACAGGAUUCUCGCGGGAGGGGAGCGACCAUGGCGGCGGACAAGGCGGGCGAUGGAGUCUGUUAACUUGAGUAUGAAGGUUUUGGAGAGUUGGGCUCCAUUGGCUUCAGAAGAUGAGCCACAGCUGCUGGACCAUGUCAGCAGAGUGGCCCAAGUUUGGGAUAAGAGGUCUUCUACUAUUUCUGUGGGAAAUGGUGACUUCUUUUGGCAGAGCAAAGAAGAGAUGUGGCAGUGGAUGCAAACUCUUUCUGAUCAGGGAACUGAGAAACAUGAAGGAACAGUUACUUCCUCUGGGAUUACUGAUCAGGAAAAGGAGCUGUCAAGUAGUGCAUUACAAGCUUUUAAUGCUGGGAAUUAUGAUGCUUGUCUGCAACAUCUUAGCUGCUUGCAAGAAAUAAACAAAGAUGACUACAAAAUAACUUUGAAUACAGCUGUUGCAGAGUUCUGUAAAAAUAACCAGACUACAACAGACAACUUGAAACAAACACUUAAUCAACUGAAGAAUCAGGUUCAUUCAGCUGUUGAAGAAAUGGAUGGCUUAGACGAUGUUGAAAACAGCAUGCUUUACUACAAUCAGGCGGUUAUUCUGUAUCAUCUGCGUCAAUACACUGAAGCAAUAUCGGUUGGAGAGAAGCUUUACCAGUUUAUAGAACCUUUUGAAGAGAAGUUUGCCCAGGCUGUGUGCUUCCUGCUUGUAGACUUGUAUCUGCUAACUUACCAGGCUGAGAAAGCCUUGCAUCUGCUUUCUGUUUUGGAAAAAAUGAUUUCACAGGGCAAUAAUAACAAAAAUGGAAAAAAUAAUGAGACAGGUAAUAACACAAAUAAGGAGUCAUCUAAUCAUAGAGCUGAAAGUGGAGCUUUAAUAGAAGCUGCAAAAUCUAAGAUACAUCAGUAUAAAGUGAGAGCCUAUAUCCAGAUGAAGUCUCUAAAAGCAUGCAAAAGGGAGAUUAAGUCUGUUAUGAAUACAGCUGGAAAUUCUGCUCCUUCUCUCUUUCUUAAGAGCAAUUUUGAGUAUUUGAGGGGGAAUUAUCGGAAAGCAGUAAAACUGUUAAACAGCUCAAACAUUGCUGAACAUCCAGGAUUCAUGAAAACAGGUGAAUGCUUAAGGUGCAUGUUUUGGAACAAUCUCGGCUGCAUUCAUUUUGCUAUGGGAAAGCACAAUUUAGGAAUCUUCUACUUUAAAAAGGCCCUGCAGGAAAAUGAUAAUGCAUGUGCACAACUAGGAACAGGUAGCACAGACCCAGGCAAGAAAUUUUCAGGGAGACCUAUGUGUACGUUGUUGACUAAUAAACGGUAUGAAUUGCUAUACAACUGUGGAAUUCAGCUUUUACAUAUUGGGAGGCCCCUAGCUGCUUUUGAAUGCUUGAUAGAAGCUGUCCAAGUUUACCACUCAAACCCACGCCUCUGGUUGAGACUAGCAGAAUGCUGCAUUGCUGCCAACAAGGGGACAUCAGAACAAGAAACUAAAGGUCUUCCAAGCAAAAAAGGAAUAGUACAAUCUAUUGUAGGUCAAGGCUAUCACCGUAAAAUAGUCCUUGCCUCACAAUCAAUACAGAAUGUUGUUUAUAAUGAUGGGCAGUCCUCAGCUAUCCCUGUAGCCAGUAUGGAGUUUGCAGCGAUUUGUCUAAGAAAUGCCUUGCUGUUGCUGCCGGAAGAUCAGCAGGAGCCAAAGCAGGAAAAUGGAUCUAAAACUAAUAACCAGUUGGGAGGAAACGCAGAGAACAAUGAAAGCAGUGAAGCAUGCAGCAGUAAAAGUCAUGAAGGAGAUAAAUUCAUUCCAGCUCCACCUUCUUCACCUCUGAGAAAACAGGAAUUAGAAAAUUUAAGGUGCUCAAUACUUGCCUGCAGUGCUUAUGUUGCUCUGGCUUUGGGUGAUAACCUUAUGGCUUUGAAUCAUGCAGAUAAACUUCUUCAGCAGCCAAAGCUGUCAGGAUCUCUUAAGUUUCUUGGCCAUUUAUAUGCAGCAGAGGCUCUCAUCUCUCUAGACAGAAUAUCUGAUGCCAUUACUCACUUGAACCCUGAGAACGUCACUGAUGUUUCCCUGGGGAUCUCUUCAAACGAACAGGAUCAAGGGUCAGACAAAGGAGAAAAUGAGGUGAUGGAAUCUUCUGGCAAGCAGACACCCCAGUGUUAUCCCAGUUCAGUCACUUCUGCACGAACAAUGAUGUUGUUUAACCUUGGCAGUGCUUACUGCUUGCGAAGUGAAUAUGAUAAAGCUCGCAAGUGUCUCCACCAGGCUGCUUCACUGAUCCAUCCCAAAGAAAUUCCCCCGGAGGCCAUUCUACUGGCUGUGUAUCUUGAACUACAGAAUGGUAACACUCAACUGGCACUGCAGAUCAUCAAAAGAAACCAGCUUCUCCCUUCAGUGAAAACACACACUGAUAUGCGAAAGAAGCCAAUAUUUCAGCCAGUCCACCCUAUCCAGCCCAUUCAGAUGCCAGCUUUCACCACUGUCCAAAGGAAGUGAAGUCUUGCUAUAACCUGACAGGCCCUAAGGAAGAGGGCUUGUGAGUUUGUAUAUUUUUUAAACUGUCUCUUAGCCACCUGAAUACCAGGCAUAUUGGAAUGUGCUGGCUUGUGUACAUUUUUUAAUAAAAAAAAAAAAAAAACACCAUUUCAAUGAAAAAAUCAUGUCUGAAGACGUUUGUAAAAGGCAUUUAGUGUGGAACUUUUCCAUUUUAAUUACUAACAGGCCUGAUAGCCACCAUCUAUGCUGUUAAUCGUUUUAACUCACACUCUUUGCAGUAGUCAUUAGUUUUGAUUCUGCUUUUUUCAUACAGAGCAGUUUCUGUUUGCACCACUGCUCACUUCUAUUAAUUUUCAGUACAGACAAUCAGACAGCGCAGCUGCCUCUUUUUGUUAACAGAGAGCCUCUGCCCAAGCUCUCUACUCUUCAGGCUUCUUAGGGACCAGGGACAAACCACCAUCAUCAGAUCUGUACAAAAAGUAAGUCAUCUGCCAACCUGAGACCAUUGUGAUCAUCUAGUCUGGCCUGUGCUAACCAGGAUGUCAUAGAAACAAUAGUAUUGUAGCUACUGUAUCGGAGACACCUUUUCUCUGCUGUUUUUGCUAUGUCACCUUGAGACAUUUACUGGAUUCUCUACCUGCAGACAGCUACUGUCUGCAAGUUUCUGUUUUACAAGAAGAGAUUUAACUGUUAUAGGUGACUUUCCUCAGCUGUCUCCAAUCUUAAAACCCUUGUAUAGCUGGGCCUAGGUUUUAUUUCCUUAAAGCUACUCCCUAUAUAGAUUCUGCCAUGUACGAUAACACUUCUUAAAAAAAGUUUAGUAGAUAGAUAAGCCUGAUUUAUUAUCUUGAAAGGUAUAGAGUGGAUUGAUGAUGGUACCUACCGGAGCAUCAGAAUUGUGAACUGCGGGAGCCUUGGGUUUGUUUUGUGUCCUCCCAGUAAAUACAGCCCAUCACUGCUAAACUGCAUGGUGGGAUGAAUGGAAGAUAGGCAGAGACUAAACACCUCUUCACUUGUGCCUUAAACUAGGAGAGGAGCCCUGGGUGUUAGUGCAUUGGGCUACCUAAGCUCCCGUGCACAUGCUACUUUGCUACACACAAUGCUUCAGACUUCUAAAGCCUGCUUGUACGCAGUGGUGUCUCCCAUGUCUUGCAGCCUGACCCCAUUCUAGUCUGAGCUAACUUGCCAAUUUUAGGGCUGUGUUAGCUUGGUGUUGAGUCAGUUGAUCUAAAGUUAGCUUUGAAUAUUUUAAAUAGUAAAGAUAUAUUAAUAGCUAUUAAUACAUUUAUGUAGAUAAAUGUCUGAAACACAACAAGCUGCUUUAUACAUAUAAGGCAGAAACCUCAGACUGGCUAAGUCUCUUACCUCCGGCCAGAAGAACUUUUACAGGAAGGUUGGACAAAUGCUAACCAUGAGAAUAGACAAGUGUCAGACUAAGGGCUUGUCUACACUGGCACUUUACAGCGCUGCAACUUUCUCGCUCACGGGUGUGAAAAAACACCCCCCUGAGCACAAGAAGUUUCAGUGGUGUAAAGUGCCAGUGUAGACAGUGCACCAGCGCUGGUGGCUACGUCCCUUGUUCAGGUGGGGUUGGGGGGUUUUUUUGGUUUUAAGAGCGCUGGGAGACCUCUCUCCCAGAGCUCUGCAACCAUGCACAAGUCACGUUAAAGCACUGCCACGGCUAUAUGAAUAAUCCAUAUGGAAAUGGCUAAACAGUGUGCGUCAGGGCCUUGAGAGCAAUCCGUUCCUCUUCCACAUAUUUCGAGCCCUGAGUGGUUGGUGGGUACGCAGUGCAAACUGUAUGCAUCUGAAUUUCCUUCAUAACACAAAAAGAACAGGAGGACUUGUGGCACCUUAGAGACUAACCAAUUUAUUUGAGCAUAAGCUUUUGUGAGCUACAGCUCACUUCAUCGGAUGUACUCAGUGGAUUAUCAACUUCAUAACACAGCCUCCCCUGAGUCCUACUACUGCCCAGUGUGGGUUGUGUCUCCUUCUCCACGAAUCUCUUUUUACUGCGUAGGAGCAUGCAUACACACAUUUACAACGCAGGCAUUCUAGUAACCAGUAAGUGUUCUUACGGGGCUUUGGUUCCUCUGAAUUAGGCAUAGGUGCUCUCCUCCCCUCUUUUAUUUAAGAGCCAGUAAAACAGGCUCUAGUGUUGGAAUUUAAACCUCAUUUCUCCGCUGUCCUUGUGAGUAUAAGACCAUCAGUGUACCACACAGAGCAGCUUCAGCACUUAAAUCAAAGAGCUGAUGAGGCUGCAGCGCCCUGUGAGCACUUCAACUAACUUUCUUGGAGGGUCCAGGGGGUAGGGUGUGAACUCACGCUUGGAUUAAUUCGAAGGAGUAGUCUGCAAAUUUCACUUUCCAGGUGGGUGGUUGUGUUACUGUUUAUGGGAUCUGGCAGGUACAUCUGGUACACAUACUCUUAGGCAGAGCUAAACCUUGUGAUUUUUACUAGCACUAAUGUUUGUAGAAAGUAAAAUGCAAAACAAUUGCUGCACAUAUGUGCAAGUAAUAUGCAUGUGCAAAAGCAUUGCUCUAAAAUAAAAAAACUUGUCCAAUCUUUAUAGCAAUCAACAAGCCCCAAGCAGACACUUCAAAAGCUGCGUGAAGCCAGCAUGACCCCUAUCAAAACUUAGCAGGUGCUCAGCUUGACUAGUACAGUCAAUGCUAAAAGGCCAUAAUCUAGCUGGGUCAUUAGUGUCCAAGUACACCUGGAAUUUACUAGCCUACAUCCUUAUAGUCACUAGAAUGGGAGUGGGUAGAAGAUGAUCAAGACAUUAGCUUGCAUAGUAGUCACUGGAGCAAAGAAUGUACCAUAAUUCAAAAGGGACUGUGUGUGUGUGCCAACCAACUCUGAAUAUCUGCAAUAUGAACAUUUUGGAAGGGUUAAGAUAAUCCUCAUUAGGGGGAUAGAUCACCCUCAUUUGCUUACUGUGGGAUCUUUACCUUUCUCUUACUGGCUGUUGUCAGACUGAAGUAGUCAGACCUUUGGUCUCAGGCAGUUUGGCCAUUCCUGUGCAGUAAUGAGCUGUGGGUCAGUUCAGCUGCAUUUCUUCUGUACCACAUAGUUGUCUAUACCUGUGCAUUUGUUUCUAGCCACCGGAAAGUAUGCUCAUAGGAAUGCUGCCUCUGAGUGGCUGCAGGCCAGUGCUGUCAACACAGUGAUGCAAAUGAGCUCUGAGCACAGGAAAGUAUGUCAGAUAAAUCACCUAAGCAGUGGCCAGCAUCCCCUGUAGGAGGAAUAAUAGCAGGCUGGCUUGCUCUAGAGGGGCUAUUAUGCCAGUCCCUUUCCGCACUCAUGGAAAUGGUUAGUCUUGCUUGUUGCAGAGUCUAAUUUAAACAUUGAUGUGAACACAACAGUGAGAGUACUCUUGCGUGCAUGAAUGGUCAUUAGCAUGGAAUAGGUCCUUGCUGCUUGUAUUUAACUCCAGCAGUGGGAAAACGUUGGCAAGCCCCUUAACUUAGCACUUGGUGAAAAUGGAAAGCUUAUAGGCCAUGAUACCAAGCCCUGGAGAAGUAUUUGAUUAAUAGGGAAGCCUUCAAAUGAAAUGAUGGGCCAGGACUGUGAACGCCCAGGAGCUGGUGCCAAAGUCACAACUCUGUUUUUUGCUUAGCAAACAGCAAAUUAGCUUCUCUACCCUCUGGCUCCCAGGCUUUUGAAGUCCAAGCUGCCCAGGUAAUAGUUCAAUGUGACAACAUGGAAAGAUGCAUUAAUGUUGUUUCAGGAUCAGUUGUCUGCAAAGUUUAUGUCCCCCUCGCCUAUAUACUUUAACUUCAGCACUCAGCUUGAAGUAUUCUGAAAUAUGUUUGAAAGGUGACCUCUGCUUAUUUCUAUAAAAGGGGUUAGUCAUAUCACAGCACAUUGACUGAUUCAAUAUAAAAAGGUUGAAAGAUGCUUUCUGUGUGGUCUCUUCCUGAAGAAAGGGUUUUCCCUCCCCCUCCUAGGAAUGUGGAGUAUUCACAUGCAGAAAUGCUAAUGUAUCGUUUCAGCAUUUCUCAGCUCCGCGAGAAGGCAUGCAACAUUACGCUCACCGGUUUGCAAAAGGAUGCAGUUGUUGUUCCCCAGAUACCACCUAUCUAAUCACACUUGAGCGGAACUAUUCAUUCUUAACUCUCCCUCGAAUCAGAAUGCUCUUCUGGCCUAAGGGAGGCUGAAUGCUAAUGUAGGCUUGUAGUUUGAACCAGAGACGCCUCAGUAUUUUCCUGCAGCAGAAACACUUUCAGAAACUGGCUGUAUAUUUUAAAAAAAAAACCCCAAACCAACUCCUAAUGAACUAGUGUCUGAGCUCAGCUGUGAAAUAUUUACUAGGGCUGUGGGUUAAUUGCCCUUAACU